CAAUUUGGAAUUGAUGAAUAAUAGCUUAGCUUGAAGAAGAAGCUACGCAGGGCAUCGUUAGUUUCAGAAUAUGAAAAAGUUAUUAUUCUUUGAAAACCCUUUAUUGAUGAUGAGAUUUGGAUUCUCCUGAAUUCUUAUAUAUAUUAUUCUUCUCGCCUCCAUAUCUAUAUAAAUUAAAGCUACGAGGGUUCAUCAUAUCGUCUGAAACAUAUAUAACAUUUCCUUUUAAUUUCGUUGUUUAAUUUAACGGUUCGAUCGGCGAGUUUCAUGGAUGGCAGCGCCGCCGCGAUGAGGCUGAGGAGGUUACCCCACGUGUUCGGGAAGGUUCUGGAGUUGCCUUUCCGCUCCGAUGACGACGUGAUUGUGGAGGAAAACGCCGAGCGGUUCCGGUUCGUGGCGGAGAUCGGCGACGGCGCCGAGCACGGCGGCGGAUUGAGGGCCCACGCGGUGGAGAUCCAUCCCGGAAUAACCAAGAUUGUGGUGAGGAAUAACAGUCGUCAUCAGGAGGGAUCAUCGGUUGCAUUGUUUUUGGAGCAAAUGAUGCUGGACACGUGGCGGUUUAGGCUGCCGGCGUUCACGCAGCCGGAGCUAACUAGGGCGGCGUUCGUUGACGGGAAGCUCAUCGUGACGGUACCCAAAGGCGGCCCCGACGGCGGCGGCCGUGGAGAGUUGGCGAACGGAAGGCACGCUUGGGGUUGGGGAGGCAGCCGGACUAUUAGAGUGCAAUAAUAAAUAAUAAUUUUUGGAUGGAAUUGAAUUCGCGAGCUCCAAAUUGAUCAGGAAAACAAUUCAAACCUUAUUAUUAUUAUUUCUUAUGGCGCGCAAUAAUUAAGGUUUCGAAUCUUGUUUACUAAUAAUGUGAAAUGUGCAUAUAUAUAUACACAUGUAUAUUUGAAAUGUGGUGUUGUGUUGCUACAAUGAAUAAAAUUUGGAUAAAUUAAUCA